UGUAUUUGCAAAAGGAGAGGGUUUGAGCUCAACGACACCAGAGCUGGGGGCGCAGCAGCCAUCCGUGAGCCACGGGAAGCAGGAAAACCACCUUCGUCUUUUUUAUUUUACCUUUAAUUAUUAUACGAUGCAAAUAAAACUGAAAGCAGGCUCUAAAUGAAACAGUGAAACCGAUUUUAAAGUUUAAAUCAAUGGUACAGGAGGGUAUUAUGUCCAGGACGCCUUCCACCUCAACCCAGGAAAUCCAAAUGGACAUGUUUGACCACCACGGCUCGCACGCACAGGGGAAGUAUGCAAAGAGGAAGAGCCGUUUCAAACGUUCAGAUGGCAGCACGUCCUCAGACACAACGUCUAACAGCUUCGUCCGACAGGGCUCAGCUGAUUCCUACACUAGCAGGCCGUCUGAUUCAGAUGUGUCGUUGGAGGAGGAGAGGCCGGAGGGGGGUAGUCAGGGCCGGCAGGAGCGAGAACAACAGGCUGCUCUGCAGCUGGAGAGGGCAAAGGCCAAAGCGGUGGCCUUUGCCGUGAAAACAAAUGUCAGUUACUGUGGCGCGCUGGAUGAAGAUGUGCCUGUGCCAGGAACUGCCAUCUCAUUUGAUGCGAAAGACUUCCUGCACAUCAAAGAGAAGUUUAACAAUGACUGGUGGAUUGGGAGGCUGGUGAAAGAAGGCUGUGAGAUUGGUUUUAUCCCCAGUCCCUUGAAGCUGGAGAAUAUCAGAGCACAGCUGGAACAGAAGAAAAGCCGUGUACAAGGUAAGUCCAGUGGAAGCUCCUCCUCCAGUUUGGGGGAUGUGAUGUCAUCAGGCAAGCAGAAACAGAAAGUGACUGAACAUGUGGCUCCCUAUGAUGUUGUGCCUUCCAUGAGGCCCGUGGUGCUGGUUGGUCCAUCGCUGAAAGGAUACGAGGUCACUGAUAUGAUGCAGAAAGCUCUUUUUGACUUCUUGAAACACCGGUUUGAUGGCAGGAUAACUAUCACGCGCGUGACAGCAGAUAUCUCACUGGCAAAGAGAUCCGUGCUUAACAAUCCCAGCAAGAGAGCCAUUAUCGAGCGCUCAAAUACCAGAUCAAGCCUCGCUGAGGUACAGAGCGAGAUUGAGCGCAUAUUUGAACUAGCUCGCUCGCUCCAGCUGGUUGUGUUGGACGCAGACACCAUCAACCAUCCUGCCCAGCUGAUGAAGACUUCACUAGCACCCAUUAUCGUCCAUGUCAAAGUGUCCUCGCCAAAGGUCCUCCAGCGGCUCAUCAAAUCUAGAGGAAAGUCUCAGAGUAAACACCUCAAUGUACAGCUCGUAGCCGCAGAUAAACUAGCACAGUGUCCUCCGGAGAUGUUUGACAUCAUCUUGGAUGAGAAUCAGCUGGAAGACGCGUGUGAACACCUGGCUGAGUAUCUUGAGGCGUACUGGAAGGCGACCCACACCUCCAGCAGUACCCCACUUAACCCUCUGCUGGGCAGAAACCUCGGCCCCGCUGCCCUGGCCCCUUACACUACGUCUGCCAUAUCUGGCUUGCAGAACCAACAGGGGCAAAAAACACGACAUGCCAACCACACCGGAGACCACUCCACCCCCAACGAACGGCGCAACCUGAUGACCUCAGAUGAGAACUACCACAAUGAACGAGCGCAUAAGGGACGGAACCGGGGCUCCUCUGGCUCGCAGCACGGCGGCAGCGGUCGAGACCACCACUACAUGGAAGAGCAGCAGGGCUACCAGGACCCCUACCAGGACACCUACAAGCCCCACCGCAACCGCAGUUCCCCAGGCAGCUACAGCCAGGACUCACGACACCGGCUCUGAGCCCCCCCGUCCCGUCCCGUUUCGUCCUCCAAGCCUGAGCCACAGAGCCACCGAGCCAAGAUGGCUUCUGUCCAGAAUUGUAUACAUCUUCCAUUGCAUUUUCGUUUCGUUAGGGUCUCUCGAGCUACAAAGCAGAAACUUUGUUUAGCCCCUCCUGAACCUUCGCCAUCUGACCAAAGCCUGCAUUUCCGUCUGCUUAUACACAGCCCAUCGUGUCCGCCUGGGAAAAGGGAACGUUACAGUUGUUAUGCUUUUACAUGUUAAUAUGCUUGUUGAAAUUUUCGGUUUUUGUCUUUUGUUGCAAAAAGGGCGGGUUUUACUUCUACCAAGCAACCAUUUAACUUCGAAACCAAAUGAUUGGUUGGUCCUUAAAAGCAAAUAUUCUGUGAAGCUAGCAAUGGCCGAGAAUCAGAGAGUUGUAAAGGGCGCAUACAGGAUCCCUGAGAACUGAACAA